AUGCCCGGUUUGCAUCGAACGGGAGGCGAGAAAAACCAUUCAUGCGGUCUUUUCUCUCCUGCCGCGCUGGACUUCAUCCGUCAUCUGGGCCACCAAACUUGCCAACCCGAACCUCCCAACAGCACACGGUUCGCAAUCACUCCAUACACUACCCAUCUGACUAUCGGGACCGCCGUCGCCUCUUCACACCCUACAGCAAGGAAUUUGCUAGGAAAGAUCUAG